AUGUCUAGUCCUAUCUUACCCUUUACCGAGGCUAACUCGAAGAGAGUUGCAUCAUUAUUCAGACAAGCUUUGAGAACUGCUUUUGACAGCUCAUUGAAAUUCGAUGCUUACCGUAAAGAAACCAUAAAGAUUAGAGCACAAUUUGAAGCAAACAAAACCGUGAACGAUCCAAGUGAAUUGGAAAAGAUUAUUCAAGCCACUCAGGGGAAGUUAGCUGAAUGGAAACACCCUGACCCUUAUAUUACCCCAUGCAGACCAGGGGGCACCAAGUAUCAAAGAAACAUUCCAGUGGAAAGGGGUCCACUUGUUCCAGGUGAUUGGUAG